CUUAACUUCAAUAGUUUUGUUUUAAUGUUAAACAUCAAAAAACUAUGCAAAUUCUGACGGUGUUUUUAGGACUUAUCUUGAGUACAUCGCUAUCCAAGGCUGAUCUUGGCGUGAUCGGCGACAUAAGCGACGAAACCUUUGAGAUGCUGAUAUCCGGCGGCUACAAGCCGAAGAGCAACCGGCUGUCCCGCCACGUGGUCUCCAUCCGCACCAAGAACUACGUGAGGCACCGGGGCGACAAUCACUUCUGCAGCGGCGUCCUGGUGAGCAGUCGUGCGGUCCUGACCGCCGCCCACUGCCUGACGGACCGGUACAUGGCCUCGAUGAAUCCGCGGGGCAUACGCGUGGUUUUCGGGCACAUAACUCGACUGGCGGUCUACGACGACUCAGACUUCCGAAGCGUGGAUCGCCUGGUGGUCCAUCCGGAGUACGAGCGCUACAAGAAGAACGACCUGGCCAUCAUCCGGCUCUCCGAGCGCAUCCAGAGCUCCAACCACGAUGUCCUCCCGCUGCUCAUGCGCAAGACGGCCAACGUGACCUAUGGCGAUACUUGUAUCACACUCGGCUGGGGGCAGAUAUAUCAGCACGGCCCUUAUUCGAAUGAACUGGUCUACCUGGACGUGAUUUUGAGGCCGCCCUCGCUCUGCGAGAAGCACUACGACACCUUCACCGCGGACCACAAUGUGUGCACGGAACCCGUGGGGGAUAGCAUGAACUGCGCCGGGGACAUGGGCGGACCACUGUUGUGCAAGGGGGCGCUGUUCGGGCUCAUUGGCGGUCACAUGGGCUGCGCGGGCGGCAAGGCCAUGAAGUUCCUCAGCUUUCUGUACUACAAGGACUGGAUUCUUGUCACCAUCCAAUCACUUUCCGACUGCGGGGUCAGAGUAUCCUUAGGUCGUGUUUUUCUUACUCCCUUGCUACUGAUUCUCGUAAAUUGAUAUACAAAAUAAAGCGAAG